AUGGGUAUCAAGGGGCUUCUGCCCCUCUUAGGAGACAUUAGAGAGGAUAUCCACGUGUCAGAGGUUGCUGGGAGAACAUACGCCAUUGAUGGAUACAGUUGGCUACAUAAGGGCGCAUGGGGAUGCGCGGAACAACUAGCAAAGGGAGAGAAGACUGUCAAGUAUGUCGACUAUUUUAUGGGCCGAAUUCGACUUUUGCGAUAUCACAACAUCGAACCGUUCGUCGUAUUUGAUGGAGGGCCCCUCCCAGCAAAGAAGGGAACUGAGGAAGAGCGAUCAAAGAGCCGUGCAGAGGCCCUCGCACAGGCAAGGGAGCUCCUCGCGAAGGGUAAAGCCUCAGAAGCGCGGGAAUUCUACGUCAAAGCACUUGACAUCACGCCCGAGCACGCCUUCCAAGUCAUCAAAGCCCUCAAGUCAGAGGAUGUACAAUAUGUCGUCGCGCCAUACGAGGCCGAUGCGCAGAUGGCAUAUUUGGAAAACGCCGGGCACGUGCAUGGCAUCAUCACGGAAGACUCGGAUUUGCUAGUAUUUGGCUGCAAAGAUGUUCUCUUCAAGCUGGAUACCGAUGGACAGUGCAAGAGGGUACGACGGAGUAGGUUGACAAAGUGCAAAGAGGCGAGUUUCGUUGGCUGGGGUGAUAAAGAGUUUCGGUGGAUGGCUAUGCUGUCCGGGUGUGACUACUUGCCAUCAAUCCAAGGGAUGGGUCUCAAGACAGCCCACCGACUGCUCCGACAAUGGAAGACUGUCGAUCGAGUCCUGCAGCACGUCCGUAGAGAAGGCAAGAUGAAAGUACCAAAACGAUAUCAACAAGAUUUCGAGAUGGCCGAGCUAGCUUUCGUGUUCCAGCGUGUGUACUGUCCGCUGGCACAGAAGCUUGUACAUCUCCGAGAGAGACCUUGGGAGGUGGCAUGGAAUGAUGCCAAAGAGGCCUACGUUGGUGCGGAUCUGGAUCCAGGCAUCGCACAGCGCAUUGCGUCUGGUGAACUGUGUCCGAUUAGUCACCAACCCAUCAAAGACAUCAGUCCU